AUGGCCCCUAUGCUACAAACUCUUGAAAUGCUUCCGCAGAACAUCCAACUCACAAAUCCCCAAGCAUUUCUUCUCACAACCCCUGCUCAACCAACAUUACCUCUGACGACGGCUCUUCCUCCGAAUCAAAUCAUCAUCCACACUAUGACGCCGGAGGGCCUUCACCAAAAUGAAAAUGUUUCUGUAGAGUUGAAUCCAUCUCAUGUCAUUAUCAACACAGCAAAUGCCGCUUUGACGUCUUUAGCAUCUACACAAAUCCCAUCAGCUCCUCCUUCUCCCGCAGAGGUCGAAUCCGAUUCUUCCGAAAAUGAGAGCUCAUCUUUAAUGGAAAAUUCUUUUGAAGCUCAAGCUAUUGAUGAAAAUGGUAAUAUUCAUCAAGAUUGUGAAAUAGAUGCUGUAAAUCAAGUUCAUAUUGAAGAUAAGUCAACUCAUUAUAUUCUAUCAGAUCCCAUGUUAGCAGCCAACAGAAGUCCAGAAGGUAUGAUCUCUGACAUGGAACCAGAUAAAAUACAUACUUCAGUAGACAAUCUAGACAGUACCCCUGAUUAA